GUUUUAUAUUUGGCGCUAAAAUAAGAAUAGUAGUAACUGAUUUUUGUCCCAAAGAUUAACCGCUUUCAUUUCCCUCGCAAAAUCUCUCUCCACCGUUUCAAUUCUGUUUCCUGAUGUGAAUCCUCAUGAAUUUCCCCAAAAAAGCCCCUAAAAUCUCCUAAUCUCAUCCGAAAAAGAAACCAAUAUCUCCACAAAUAUCAAUCUCCUCGAUUUUUCCGUUGCUGCAAAUAUCAAUCUCCUCGAUUUCCGAUGCGUAAAUCGAUUUUCUGCAACACGCAUUCGCGGCGGGAAGACGAGCUCUGAUUCCGUUUCCGCUUCUUCAACGUCGAAAUUCUGGUUAUUCGUUGUCUACUUUUUUUCUCCUCUAAAUAGCUGAUUUUGUUAUUCGAAAUCUAAAUAAAACGGCGUCGUUUAGAGAAUCGUGACUCGAAUUGGAUGAGUUUCGGCGAAUUACCUCCCGGAAUUAGGGGGAAAAAUGUCGUCGUCAGCCGCGCCAGGUUCGUUGGAGGAAAUGCUGGAGAAUCUGAGGCGAAGAAACCCUCAAAAGCCCAAGGACUUGCCUCCGGCUCUCCCGGCGCGGCCGACCUCCCGCACGCGCCUUCCAUCCAACAGGCGCGCGGCGCUGCCGGAUAUCGUCGAAGCCGUGAUGGAGCUGAGCUCGUUGAAUCAUUGUGGGAACUCGGAAGGAUCUAGGUGGAAGAGCGCCGCGGCGAAAACGGUUAGACAAGUGAAACUAGGGGAAUUACCGUGCGUCGCGGCUGCUUCGGAUGAGUCCAAGUUGGAAGAGAAGCUUGCUAGCCUUCCCCCGGCCUCCGAGCUAUGCCACGAAAAGGAGGGGUCGAGCUUUACCGAGUCCGAGCUGCAACAGGAUACGGAAUGUUUUAUCGAACAGAUUGGUGCGGUUGAGAUGCAGAAAUGCUUCCGCGGUCAUCUUGCAUGUCGGGAUUUUCACCAACUUAAGGAUGGAAGUAUCACAUUGCAGUCAUAUGUUCGCGGUGAAAUAGCGAGAAGAGAGUAUAUUGCAUUGUUGAAGAAGAAGGUUGAUAGCCAAAGGCUGGAUGAGGCAGUUGUGCAACUACAAUCUAUAAUUCGUGGAUGGGUGAUACGGAGACAAUAUAUCGAAUGUCGAGAACUUGAAGAAUCGAAUACCAGUGAAGCACCGGAGACAAUGAUUUCUCAAACGCAGGAGGUUCGAACAGGACCGUCACUCUCUGCGAACGAACUGCAAAAGCACCUAGUGAUAGCAGAAUCGAAUCUUGCAAAAAAGGAAAGAGAAAUUGUUGUCUUGAGAGAGCAACUAGAACAGUAUGAGGCGAAGUUGUUGGGAUACGAAUCUAAGAUGAAAUCGCCAGAGGAGAUGUGGCGCAACCAGGAGGCAUCGUUACAAAUGAGUUUGGUUGCCGCAAGAAAAAGUACCAGUUCUGAGAAAAGUAACACUGAAAAAUCAUCAGAUACUGAAUCGCCUCAGUUUUAUGAUUGCGAUGAUGCCUCUUCUGUAAUUUCUAGUUCGGGUUCCCUCGCCAAAUUUCCCUGCAAGAGUAUUACAGCUUCUACAUGUGGGGACAUGGGUGGCUUAGAGUUAGCCGUUCCUCUCGUGAAUGAGCAGAAAAGGCAUAAGUAUGGUGACGAAGCCCGGGCAAUGAUUAAGUUGAAGUCAUUGAAUAUACCUUGGUUAAGUCCCAUAGAUGAACUGCAUAAUCUAAAAAAUAGGUUAUCUGCAUGGAAAAUGGGUUUCAAGAGCCGGUCAAAGGAUGCGAACGCGAAAUCACAGAAGCCGGGGGAAGCUGAUGGUAACAAAGCUCGUCGAAAAUGGGCAUCUUUGAAACUGAAGUAAAAAAAAAGGCAUUAUUAUCGAGCGGAAAAAUGUUUCAAGGAAUUUAAUGGAGAAGAACAAGAAACCGAGCGGGCAGGGCGACCAAGUACAAAUGUGGACAGCGACGACCUCUAAGGGCCGCUUGAGCCCAGCCGACACUGGGCAAUAGGCUGCCAUUGCCCAGCGGCGGCCAGUGAAGAAUUCCUUUGCAACUUCCCAUGAAGAACAUGAGUUGUUGCUUUGUUUGUAAGAAUUCCUUUUAUUUCAAAUUCUUAGUUUAAUCUCAUGGUUUAUUUUGUCUUUUGGUUGAAUAUUUUCUUUUUGUUGAACUAGUUUGUACAUAGAGAGUUGUCGUUGUUUGUAAUAAAUAAGGCGUUGUCUAAUUGAAUUGUUCAAAAGUUAUUGUUUUGAAUUAUUAUGUGUGACAUGAAAUACUAUA